AUGAUUUCAUCACCAUCACAUCAUCUACAACAAGCUUAUUUAGCUGCAACAGCUGCUGCUUUAGGUGCGCCACAUCUAUUUUAUGCAGCUACUGGUAAUCCAACAAAUACUGGAUUAACAAAUGAACAAUUAUCACCUGAAUCUUAUGCAUUAUUAAGAAAUUAUUUAUUACGUUCACAAUCACCAUCGGAUAGACGUGAACAACAUCAAAAACCGCCUUAUUCUUAUAUAGCAUUAAUUGCAAUGGCUAUUAAACAUGCGCCACAAAAUAAAAUAACACUCAAUGGUAUUUAUCAAUUUAUAAUGGAACGUUUUCCAUAUUAUCAUGAAAAUAAGCAAGGAUGGCAAAAUUCAAUUCGUCAUAAUUUAUCAUUAAAUGAUUGUUUUAUUAAAGUACCACGAGAAAAAGGUAAACCAGGCAAAGGUAGUUAUUGGACAUUAGAUUCUAAAUGUGAUGAAAUGUUUGAAAAUGGAAAUUAUCGUCGACGUAAGCGACGACCAAAACAAAUUAUAUCAACAAUUCAAAAACCUUCAUCAACGUCAUCAUCUAUACCAUUAGAUGAUUCGUCAUUAUCAUCAUCAGAAUCAAAUCAUAAUUCAUUAUUAAUAUCAUCAAAUAAUGAUGAUGAUGAUAUAAAUCAAACAACUAAUUAUGAUCGAUAUUCGUUUCUUAAAGUAGAAUCAUCAAAUCAUAAAAAACGACAUCGUUCACCAACACCUGAAAUGAAUAAUAAUAAUAAAAAAGUAAAAACAGUUUCAGCAUUUUCAUCUAUUGAUACAUUAAUUGCACCAACGAAAGAAACAAAAUCUGUUGAUUUAUCGUUAUCUCCUUGUCGUUAUAAUAAUAAUAAUAAUAAUAAUCAUCCAUAUUUAUCAUCAAUUCCUCAACAAUAUUUAUCCUUAUUAUCAAAUGGUUUUGGCCUUAAUCCGGCAUAUAAUCGACAUUCUUCAGCAAAAUAG